AUGGAGUGUGUAAAGACUGUGCAUUACUCAAUCAUUAUCAAUGGUGAGCCUACUCCUCCUUUUGAUGCUACAAAGGGACUUAGACAAGGGGACCCUAUAUCCCCUUUCCUAUUUUCCAUUGCUAUGGAGUACCUAAGUAAGGGAUUAAAUUCACUGAAAAAUAACUCAGGCUUCAAACAUCAUCCUAGGUGUGCAAAACUAGGGAUAACACACCUUAGCUUUGUUGAUGAUCUUAUACUAUUUGCUAGGGGUGACGUAGAGUCAACUGUUGCCUUACAAAAAAGAGUAAAUACUCCAGCAGUUGAGAUAUGGGCAAGGAGAAAUGGCAUUCAGGCACAACUAUUUCAAAUUCCUUCUAAGGUGAUGAAAGCUAUUGAGGCUCAUUGUAGGAGUUAUGUGUGGUCAGGGAUGAAUUCUAUCACUAAAAAGGCCUUAGUAUCAUGGGACAAGCUUUGUACCCCCAAAUGCGUAGGAGGCUUGAAUCUGAUUAAUUUACAUGUGUGGAACAAAGCUGCCCUUCUCAAAAAGUUUUGGGAUCUGGCCCACAAACAGUAUAAAAUGUGGAUUAAGUGGGUGCAUAUGUACUACUUAAAAAAUCAACAGCCGGAGAACUUCACCAUGCCUAAGCAGGCUAGCUGGAUGCUGAGAAAGAUCUUGGCAACACAAUCUACUCGGAAUGAACUGCAUCGACCAUUUAAAACCGGCAACAGUAUAGUGAGGCAAAUAUAUUUACAACUCUUGGAAUAUAAUGUGAGAGUGCCAUGGAAAUGUUUGUUGUUCAAGAAUGCAGCAAGACCUAAGGCUAUUUUUACUUUGUGGCUUCAUAUCCAGGAUAGGCUCCUUACUAAAGAUAGAUUGAUAACAUGGGAUGUGAACAUUGAUCCUAAGUGCAUAUUCUGUGAUGCAUUCCUGGAAACUAGAGAUCAUUUGUUUGUUCUUUGUCCCUUUGCAUGCUCUCUUUGGACUAGACUAUUUGCUUGGCUACAAAAAAUCAUCUAG